UUUAAAUUCAAGAUGCGAAGAAGAAAAGAAAAAAUUGAAUGAUAUACGUGUUGAUGUAGAAGAAAGUAGGCUUAAAAAACCAAAAGAAAAUGGGAAUGAAAGAGAGGCUAGAAAAGCGAUAGAGAAUUUGAUAAGUCUGGAGAAUCACCAACUUGAUUUAGAUGAGGUGAAAAGGAGAAAGAAAAUGUUGAUGAAUAUGGAUAUGAUUUUAAAAUCGCAUCCGGGAGGAGAACUUAAUGAUGAUCAAAAAAGUUUGUUAGAGAUGGAUGAAAUGAAGGAAAAAAUGAUAAAAGGUGUGGUAGAAAUUUUGAAUUUAAUAUAUACAAAAACUGAGCUUUCCACUAUAACGGAUGAAGUAGAAUAUAAAAAGAAUGAGGCAUUAGAGGAAUAUGUCAAAGGCUUAUUAGAAGAAAGAAUUGAAAAAAUAACAAAGGCAGAGAUACAACUCAACAAAGCAGUGAAUGCUCAAAAAAAAGUUGUUGAAGAACUGAAGAAGCAAAGGGAAACUUUUUUGAGCAUCAGAAACUUUAUGAAUGAUUAUAACCAAGCAGUGGAACAAAUUGUUUUGUUUAUAAACAAAGAAAGAGUAAGUUCUUCCACCAUAAGGCUGAUUUUUUAA